AUGUCGCUCUCAGCCAAGCUAAGUGGGGCGGGCCAGCGCCUAUUCAAGGCGUGCGAGUACAUCCAAGGCAUCUCGAAGGGCUCGCUCGUGGUCGGAGAUGAGUCAGAGCAAAUGGAUCUCUUGCGGUAUUUGGACGAUCUGGAGCAGGUGCAGAACAAGCUGAUCGCGACGACGAAGCAGUUGGUGGCGAGCGUCAGAAACUCGAUCCUUGAGAAAGCUAGUGCCGGUAGCGACGUGAAAGUGGAAGAGAAAAAUGACGAAGACGCAUGCAAGCUGCCACUUGUAGAGGUGACAAGCGAGGCCAGCAAAAGUGACACGAAGACAGAUGCCGAAAAGGAAUUGCAGCGAUUCUAA